UUCAGUUUGUCAACGGAAAAGGACGGCCAUGCCAGCAGCAGUGAUGAGAACCAGGAGCGUGGCAACUGGACCAACAAGAGCGACUACCUGCUCUCCAUGGUGGGCUACGCCGUGGGCCUGGGCAGGGUCUGGCGCUUUCCCUAAAGCGGAGGUGCCUUUUUAAUCCCGUAUACAGUGAUGCUGGCACUGGCUGGCUUGCCUUUAUUUUUCAUGGAAUGUUCCCUGGGGCAGUUUGCCAGUCUAGGGCCAAUUUCUGUGUGGAGAAUAUUGCCAUUGUUUCAAGGAGUGGGCGUCACGAUGGUCAUCAUCUCAACAUUUGUGUCAAUCUAUUACAACGUUAUCAUUGCCUAUGCACUAUACUACUUAUUUGCCUCAUUUCAAAAAGUGCUACCAUGGUCAGAUUGCUUUUCCUGGGCAGAUGAGUUCUGCAGCAAAACAAAAAUAGUGAGUGACUGCAAUGCAACCUUAGAUAAUGAAACCAUUCAUGCAAACUACUCUUACAUCGUAAGCCACAAUCUCACGUGUAUCAAUGACAGCAUUAACUAUAAACCAGUGCAAUUUCCAAGUGAGCAAUACUGGAACAAAGUGGCUCUUCAGCGCUCAAGUGGGCUGGAUGAGACUGGCCACAUUGUGUGGUACCUGGCGCUCUGCCUCCUCCUGUCCUGGAUCAUUGUUGGAGCUGCAUUAUUUAAAGGAAUAAAAUCUUCUGGAAAGGUGGUCUACUUCACGGCACUCUUCCCAUACGUCAUUCUGCUCAUCUUGCUGGUGCGAGGUGCCACCCUGGAAGGUGCUCGGGAUGGCAUUGAAUAUUACAUUGGGAAACAGUCCAACAUCACAAAGCUGAUGGAGGCAGAGGUUUGGAAAGAUGCAGCCACCCAGAUAUUCUACUCUUUGUCAGUGGCGUGGGGUGGCCUUGUCGCUUUGUCCUCGUACAAUAAGUUUCACAACAACUGCUACUCGGAUGCUAUUAUAGUUUGUGUGACAAACUGCCUCACUAGUGUGUUUGCUGGGUUUGCAAUAUUCUCUAUCCUGGGACAUAUGGCAUUUGUGUCACAGAGACCGGUCUCAGAAGUUGUAGACUCAGGGUUUGAUUUGGCAUUCGUUGCCUACCCAGAAGCUCUCUCCAAGCUACCAGUUGCUCCUCUUUGGUCCUUUUUGUUUUUCUUUAUGCUUCUGCUCUUGGGCCUCGACUCACAGUUUGCCACCAUAGAAACACUAACCACCACCAUACAGGAUAUAUAUCCUAAAGUGAUGAAAAAGUUGAGAAUCCCUGUAACCCUGGGUGUGUGCGUAUUGCUCUUCUUUCUUGGCCUCAUAUGUGUCACUCAGGCAGGAAUUUAUUGGGUUAACUUAAUAGAUCAUUUCUGUGCUGGAUGGGGCAUCCUUAUUGCAGCUGUUCUGGAAAUAAUAGGCAUCGUCUACAUUUAUGGAGGAAACAGAUUCAUUGCAGACAUUGAAAUGAUGAUUGGAAAGAAGCACUUUUUCUUCUGGUUGUGGUGGAGGUUGUGCUGGUUUUUUGUUACUCCGGUGCUCCUAACAGCAAUUUUGGUCUGGUCUCUGGUCACUUUUUCAACCCCCAGUUACGGCUCAGUCUUGUAUCCAACGUGGGGAACUGCAGUGGGCUGGUGUAUGAUUAUCUUCUGUGUCAUCUGGAUUCCCAUUGUCGCUGUUGUAAAGAUAGCUAAAGCAGAAGGAAACCUAUUCCAGCGCAUUGCAGGCUGCUGCAGGCCAGCUGCAAACUGGGGGCCCUAUCUGGAAUGCCAUCGCGGAGAGAGAUACAGCCACAUUGUGGAUCCCAAAAAGGAAAAAGACCAUGAGAUCCCCACUGUGUGUGGCUUCGUGUACAAACGAGACUGA